GAGGAGGGGGCACUUCCGGGGGUCCUUCCCCUUUAACCUCCUCCCCCUCCUCCCUCUCCGGUAGCUGACGGCUGAGAUCCCACCUCGGGGGCGGGGCCCUCGUCUGACACGUCGGACAGCAGCCGCCUGGGAGGCCCGGAGGCGAAGCGCAGCUGGAAGGACAGCGGAGCAGCGCCGGGUUCCGGCUUUCGCUGCUGGCUCUGUUCGGCGGGGAGGGAGGGGGCCCGCCUGCUGGGCCCGGGCCCUCCGGAUCCGCCCCCUCCCCGGUCCCGCCCCCUCGGAGCCUCUUCGGGCUGCGCGGGGGACGGGGGCCCGCUGUCGGGACGCCAUGCGGGCGUCGCUGCUGCUGUCGGUGCUGCGGCCCGCGGGGCCUGUGGCCGUGGGCAUCUCCCUGGGCUUCACCCUGAGCCUGCUCAGCGUCACCUGGGUGGAGGAGCCUUGCGGCCCGGGGCCGCCCCAACCCGGAGACUCUGAGCUGCCGCCGCGCGGCAACACCAACGCGGCGCGCCGGCCCAACUCGGUGCAGCCCGGAGCGGAGCGCGAGAGAGCCGGGGCCGGCGCAGGCGCCGGUGAGAGCUGGGAGCCUCGUGUCUUGCCCUACCAUCCCGCACAACCCGGCCAGGCCGCCAAGAAGGCCGUCAGAACUCGGUAUAUCAGCACGGAGCUGGGCAUCAGGCAGAGGCUGCUGGUGGCAGUGCUGACCUCACAGGCCACGUUGCCUACACUGGGCGUGGCUGUGAACCGAACUCUGGGACACCGAUUGGAGCGUGUAGUGUUCCUGACCGGUGCGCGGGGCCGCCGGACACCAUCGGGCAUGGUCGUGGUGACACUGGGCGAAGAGCGGCCCAUCGGACACCUGCACCUGGCGCUGCGCCACCUGCUGGAGCAACACGGCGAUGACUUUGACUGGUUUUUCCUAGUGCCUGAUGCCACCUACACUGAGGCGCAUGGACUGGAACGUCUAGCUGGCCACCUCAGCCUUGCCUCGGCAACCCAUCUCUAUCUUGGUCGGCCCCAGGACUUCAUCGGUGGAGAGAGCACCCGAGGCCGCUACUGCCACGGGGGCUUUGGAGUAUUACUGUCUCGCACCCUGCUACAGCAACUGCGCCCUCACCUGGAAAGCUGCCGCAAUGACAUCGUCAGUGCUCGCCCGGAUGAGUGGUUGGGACGGUGCAUCCUUGAUGCCACAGGCGUGGGCUGUACUGGUGACCAUGAGGGAGUAUAUUACAACUAUCUGGAGCUGAACCCUGGGGAGCCUGUACAGGAGGGGGACCCUCGCUUCCGCCAUGCCGUGACAGCCCACCCUGUGCGUGACCCUGUGCACAUGUACCAGCUGCACAAGGCGUUUGCCCGGGCUGAGCUGGACCGCACAUACCAGGAGAUUCGAGAAUUGCAGUGGGAGAUCCAGAAUACAAGCAGACUGGCUGCUGAUGGGGAACGGGCUUCUGCCUGGCCAGUGGGCAUUCCUGCACCAUCUCGCCCAGCCUCACGCUUUGAGGUUCUGCGCUGGGACUACUUCACAGAACAGUACGCUUUCUCCUGUGCCGAUGGCUCACCCCGCUGCCCACUGCGAGGGGCUGACCAGGCUGACGUGGCUGAUGUCCUGGGGACGGCCUUAGAGGAGCUCAACCGCCGUUACCAGCCAGCACUGCGGCUCCAGAAGCAGCAGCUGGUGAACGGCUACCGGCGUUUCGAUCCAGCUCGAGGCAUGGAGUACACACUAGACUUGCAGCUGGAAGCACUGACACCCCAGGGUGGCCGCUGGCCCCUCACCCGAAGGGUGCAGCUCCUCCGCCCCCUGAGCCGAGUGGAGAUCUUGCCGGUGCCCUAUGUCACGGAGGCGUCUCGGCUCACUGUGCUGCUGCCGCUCGCUGCAGCCGAGCGUGACCUGGGUUCUGGCUUCCUAGAUGCUUUUGCCACUGCAGCGCUGGAGCCCGGUGAUGCAGCGUCCUUGACUCUGCUGCUGCUGUAUGAACCCCGCCAGGCCCAGCGGGCAGCCCAUUCGGACGUCUUCGCACCUGUCAAGGCCCACGUAGCGGAGCUAGAACGGCGUUUUCCCGGUGCUCGAGUGCCCUGGCUCAGUGUGCAGACAGCUGCCCCCUCUCCGCUGCGUCUCAUGGAUCUGCUCUCCAAGAAGCACCCACUAGACACUCUGUUCCUGCUGGCCGGGCCAGACACAGUGCUCACAUCUGACUUCCUGAACCGUUGUCGCAUGCAUGCCAUCUCUGGCUGGCAGGCCUUCUUUCCCAUGCACUUCCAGGCCUUCCACCCUGCCGUGGCUCCACCCCAGGGGCCUGGGCCACCGGAACUGGGCCGGGAUACUGGCCACUUUGACCGCCAGGCUGCCAGUGAGGCGUGCUUUUACAACUCCGACUACGUGGCAGCCCGCGGACGGCUGGCGGCGGCCUCUGAGCAGGAGGAGGAGCUGCUGGAGAGCCUGGAUGUGUACGAGUUGUUCCUGCGCUUCUCCAGCUUGCAUGUGCUGCGGGCAGUGGAACCAGCCCUGCUGCAGCGCUACCGGGCCCAGCCGUGUAGCGCUCGGCUGAGUGAGGAUCUGUACCACCGCUGCCGCCAGAGCAUGCUCGAGGGCCUGGGCUCCCGCACCCAGCUUGCCAUGCUACUCUUUGAGCAGGAACAGGGCAACAGCACCUAAGCCCCACACACCUGUUCCCUGCUCUUUCUUCCCCAAUAACCUGGAGCCACACGUCAGCCUCGCUGGACAGGGCUGGCUGUAGCCUCAGACCCUAGGGCAGCCCACUGGUCCCUUGUCUUUUGCUUUGUGGGCCCAUGGGCUCAGGACAAGCCCCGAGAGAGGUGCCCUAGAGCCAUCCUUUCUUGUCCAGUCUCCUUGCCCCCUUGACGCUGCUGAUUCAGGCUGUGGCCUCUAUGUAUUUAUGCCUAACGCCAGCCAUAGUUCCUGGGAUCUUGUCCGGGGGGCUGGGCUGUAGAUGAGUUGUUGGAGAAGGAGGGGUACGGUAUCUCCACCUUGUCCCUUCUGGAUCCGUGAUGAAACCCUGGCUUUAAUAAACUGGCUACAUGUGGACUAA